GCAGUAUUCAUACCACAUUCUGUCCUUUCGUCGCCCUUGACGAACCUCGUCGGGUUUCGUUCACGUUCGCUGAAGCCUCUCCCGCAUCUCAAUUGUCAGUUCAAGGCAUGCAGAGUUGCUGAUACUGUACGCCCCUGCAGCUUCCGAUAACGAACCCCAACCCCAAUCUCAACCCCGCCGCCCCUCGGUUCCUCUACACCACACUUCACCGACUUUUUCUCUACAACACUUCUACCCCUCGAAGACCUGUCGCUAUGGCGGCUUCGACCCUCGCUGUGCGAGCUCAGCUUCGAAGAGUAGCACUUCAAUCCCGAAGUUUGCCUCUAACAAGCUCCCCUUCUCGCACACGCCAAUGCUUCUCUCCACGCCCAUUUCUGAGCUCUUCCUCUUCGACACGGGCAAUUGGCCUCCGAACCUUUUACACGAGCUCUGCCAAUGACGAUUCCAACACCAUCCCAGACACUGCUGCUUCGCGAGGGGCAUAUCUUCCUCUAGACACCUUUGCGCGAAGACACAUUGGGCCAUCUGCAGACACUACUGAGCAGAUGCUAAAAGCUCUGGAUCCGCCUGUGAAGAGCUUGGACGAAUUCGUUAAGCAGGUUCUGCCCAGCAACAUCUUGUCGUCAACCGACCUAGAAAUUGAGACCACACAGCAUGGCGGAGAGGAGGGCUUUACCGAGUCGCAGCUCUUGGCAAGACUCAAGUCAAUUGCCUCCAAGAACACAAUAAUGCGAAGCUAUAUCGGCUGUGGAUAUGCGGGCACUCGGGUACCAGAAGUGAUAAAGCGAAAUGUGCUAGAAGGCCCGGGAUGGUACACCAGUUACACGCCAUACCAGCCAGAAAUUAGUCAGGGUCGCUUGGAAUCGCUGCUAAACUAUCAAACUCUGAUAUGUGAUCUUACUGCACUCCCAGUUUCCAAUGCUUCUCUGCUCGACGAGGGCACUGCUGCUGCCGAAGCAAUGACAUUAUCCAUGAAUGCUCUGCCUACUUCAAGACAGAAAAGUAAGAACAAGACCUACUUUGUCAGUCACUUGGUACACCCCCAGACAAAGGCUGUGAUGAAGAGUCGCGCGGAUGGAUUUGACAUUAAGAUUGAAAUCGGUGAUGUUCUUGCAGAUGGUGGGAAGCGUAUCAAAGAGCUCGGAAACGACCUGAUUGGUGUACUCGUUCAAUACCCAGAUACCGAAGGAGGAGUGGAGGAUUUCAAGGCUUUGUCUGAUGUUAUCCACAAGCAAGGUGCUACACUGAGCGUCGCUACAGACCUUCUUGCUCUGACAGUACUCACUCCACCUGGGGAGUUUGGUGCAGAUAUUGCUUUCGGUAAUGCUCAACGAUUCGGUGUGCCCUUUGGAUAUGGUGGACCACAUGCUGCUUUCUUUGCCGUUAGCGACAAGUAUAAGCGAAAGAUUCCAGGGCGUUUGAUUGGGGUUUCGAAAGACAGACUGGGAGACAAGGCAAUGAGAUUGGCACUGCAGACUCGUGAGCAACAUAUCCGAAGAGAAAAGGCUACAAGCAAUGUCUGCACAGCCCAGGCUUUACUCGCAAACAUGAGUGCUUUCUAUGCUGUCUAUCACGGUCCCACGGGUCUGAAGAACAUUGCAGAACGAGCUAUACUUGGUGCAAGAAUCAUUGAACGAGGUUUGACGAAUCUGGGAUUCGAUACCGGAUCCAGAGGCAAGGGCGAAGAUGGACAGGUGCUGUUCGAUACGGUCGUUGUGAAAGUUGGCAAAGACAAAACUGCUGCUUUGCUUGAAUACGCUUCAACAAAAUUCCAAAUCAACCUGCGAAAUUUGGACGAUGCUCGAAUUGGCAUUACUAUUGAUGAGACUGUAGAUACCAAAGAUCUUCAAGACAUCCUUGCGGUUUUCGCCAAGUUCUCCAAAUCUCAGGCCGAAAUCAACAUUAGUGAGAUUGUCAAUUCGCUGCCAGGACAAGGAAAGGUUGAAAUAUCCAACGCAUUCAAGAGAACUUCUGAGUAUCUCACACAUCCUGUAUUCAAUUCACACCACUCAGAAACAGAACUUCUUCGCUAUAUCCACCAUCUUCAAUCAAGGGAUCUCUCGCUUACCCAUUCCAUGAUACCCCUAGGAUCUUGCACUAUGAAGCUCAACGCCACUACCGAGAUGGCCCCAGUCACAUGGCCGGAGUUCGCCUCAAUUCAUCCUUUCGCACCUGCCGAGCAAGCAGCUGGUUACAAGGUUAUGAUUGAUGAGUUGGAGGUCGAUUUAGCCACGAUUACUGGAUUCGAUGCUGUGUCAUUGCAACCAAAUUCUGGAGCUCAGGGUGAGUUUGCGGGGCUUCGGGUCAUCAGAAGCUAUCAAGAGCAACAACCAGGAAAGAAGAGAGAUAUUUGUUUGAUUCCAACAUCUGCACAUGGUACUAACCCCGCCUCUGCGGCAAUGGCUGGCAUGCGAGUUGUGACUGUCAAGUGCGACACCCACACUGGCAAUCUCGAUAUGGCGGAUCUCAAGGCUAAGUGUGAGAAGUAUAGCGAGGAGUUGGGCGCUAUCAUGAUCACAUAUCCUUCCACCUUUGGUGUUUUUGAGCCUGAGGUCAAGGCCGCCUGUGAUUUGGUUCACCAACAUGGUGGGCAGGUUUACAUGGAUGGUGCGAACAUGAAUGCUCAGAUUGGAUUGUGCUCACCUGGCGAGAUUGGUGCUGAUGUCUGUCAUCUUAACCUUCAUAAGACAUUUUGUAUUCCUCAUGGUGGUGGAGGGCCAGGUGUUGGUCCAAUUGGUGUCAAGUCACAUCUCGCACCAUUCCUACCAGGUCAUCCAUUGAUCAAGACAGGAGGUGAAAAAGCGAUUGCGCCUGUUAGCGCUGCUCCAUGGGGAAGUGCAAGCAUUCUACCAAUCAGUUGGGCCUAUGUGAAGAUGAUGGGUAAGUUUGUUCCGUAUCUUGGUACCGACAAAUACUAAUAAAUUAAAGGUGGUCGAGGUUUGACUCACGCAACCAAGAUUACUCUCUUGAACGCCAACUAUAUCAUGUCCCGACUCCGCCCCCACUACCCCAUUCUGUAUACCAACAACAACGAUCGAUGUGCUCACGAAUUCAUUCUCGAUGUUCGGGGAUUCAAGGAGACUUCGGGGGUGGAAGCUAUUGAUAUCGCCAAGCGUCUUCAAGAUUACGGCUUCCACGCACCUACUAUGAGUUGGCCAGUAGCUAACACACUCAUGAUUGAGCCUACCGAGUCAGAAAGCAAGGAGGAGUUGGAUCGUUUCAUCGAUGCUCUUAUCUCGAUUCGUAGUGAGAUUAAGGCAGUGGAAGAUGGUACUGCUCCUAAGACCGGAAACGUCCUGAAGAAUGCUCCACAUUCGCAAAAGGACCUUUUGGUUGGAGAAUGGGAUCGUUCUUACACUCGCGAGAACGCAGCUUAUCCUUUACCCUACUUGAAAGAGAAGAAGUUCUGGCCCAGUGUCACGAGAUUGGAUGAUGGUAAGAUCAAAUCCUCCACACACUUCACAUCAUACUAAUCAACCCACAGCUUACGGUGACUUGAACCUAUUCUGUACAUGCGGGCCCGUCGAAGAGACCGACGAGGCGUAACGAUUUUUCAACACGAAGCUAUAGAAGAAAUGCAUUUUUUUUAUUUACUUGACACAAAAGAUGACGAUGACGAUAAAAAGAUUCUUGCUUUGAAUAUAUUCAACAUUAGAGCAUUAUUGGUGGGGAGUUCUAUUCACAUAGAUUCAUUGGGAGGGGGGUUACAGCGUUGGCGUUUUGUUGUUUAUGUUGGGAGGAGGGGGUUUUGGCUUCAACUGCCAAUAAAUGUAAUUCUUUUUUUCGGGAUUUAGAAAGAGCUCCUUGAGCUUAUAAGUUAGCAGAUGAAGAUUUCUUUUUCUUGGACAGAGAUGAAUAAUAGAAUGUUCGUUUUAGACAUACCACCUGUAUCCCUAUGCUGUGUUGUAUUUGUGACUUUCUUUCCUGGUGUAUACGGAGUGUGCUUGACUAGGGUCCAUCUUUUCUGUUAUUU